CACUCUCCUUUAACGUAGACACGUUGAUAUAAUAUCUGGCUUAAAAUGGGCCUUCUUCGAAUGAUUCUGGAGAUUUUAUCAAUAUUAUUACGAGCUGUUGCUAGCCUUGGGUUUUUAUGGGAARUACGGUUGUAUCUAAAGGCACUAUGUUAUGGAAAAGAAAGACAUGUWAUUGAAAAAGCGAAAACUCCUGAGCUUUAUUUACCCGCCAGAGCUGUCGCAGAAAAAAUACGCAAUGGAAUUAUAAAGGCCGAGGACGUCGUGACUGCUUAUAUACUAAGAAUUCGCCACGUAAACCCCGCGAUUAAUGCUAUCGUAAAUGAUCGRUUUGAAGAUGCUMUCCAAGAAGCAAGAGCUAUYGAUGAUGUUUUAUCGCGUGGAACCGAAGAGGAAAAACACAAAUUACGUCAGAAAUCUCUCCUCGGAGUGCCCUUGACAGUCAAAGAAUCGAUAUCUUGUCAGGGUAUGUCACAUUCUUCGGGAAUUGUCGAGCGMAAACACAUUAUCGCCGAAAGCGAUUCSGCUGCCUUGAAAAAUCUUCGUAAAGCCGGCGCAAUUCCGAUUGCUGUAACGAACUGYAGCGAGCUAUGUAUGUGGUGGGAGACGACGAACAUGGUGAAUGGUCGGACUAAUAACCCCCAUAAUACGACCAGGAUCGCCGGGGGAAGUUCUGGAGGUGAAGGCGCCAUUAUUGCUGCGGCUGGAUCCUUGUGUGGCAUAGGAUCCGAUGUUGGAGGUAGUAUUCGAAUGCCCGCCUUCUUUAAUGGCAUAUUUGGACACAAACCAAGUCCUGGUAUCAUCCCAAAUGAAGGGCAUUUYCCGUACGGCACCACGUCAACAUUCAASGAAUACUUAACGAUUGGCCCAAUGUGUCGUUACGCCGAAGAUCUUCCUUUAAUGCUCAAAGCAAUGGCAUCGCCGACAAUAUAUCGAUUGAAGCUUCACGAAGACGUCGAUAUCAGCUCGAUAAAGAUAUUCGUUCUCGAUACUUUUGACCCYGUUUUGAUGUCGUGUGUUGGGGAAGAGUUAUUGAUUGCACARAGAAAAGCUUGCGACUUUCUUGAGAAAGAAUUUCAAGUGAAAACAGAAAAAGCAAAUCUGAAGCUGUUCAGAUAUUCGGCUUUAAUAUGGGCAUCAAUGAUUUUCAAUUCCGAAGAAAAAGUUUUGAUUUCAAAAUUUCUCCACGAAGAUUCUAAAGAAAUGAAUCCUUUUUUUGAACUUGUGAAAUAUUUUGGAGGCUUUUCAAACUACCACUUUAUCACGCCUUUGGUAGGUUGCCUGGAGAAAUUGAAUUGCCAUGACAAACUUUCGUCAACUUUUGUUGCCCUUGGCAACAAGUUACGUCAGCAGUUGRACGCGUUGCUAGGAGACGACGGWGUUCUUUUGUUUCCCUCUCAUCCAAGAACUGCAAUGGAGCAUAACAAACCRCUUCUGGCUCCUUUGGACUUCAACUAUACUUCUGUUUUCAAUGUUCUUUGCAUGGCUGUUACCCAGUGUCCUUUAGGAGUAGAUAAAGAGGGCAUGCCGCUGGGAAUACAGAUCGCUGCUACUAGGGAUAAUGAUCGUCUUACUCUAGCUGUUGCGAGAGAACUGGAGAGAGGAUUUGGAGGAUGGGAGUCAUGGCAACCAGGAUUGCAUAUUGGRAAAGAAAAAUCAUCAUAGAUAUCUUAAACAAAUUCGAGCUGAAUUCCAGUAAAAAAUUACUUUAAUUAUUGACCAUUAAUGGUAUUAUAAUAACUUACAACUGGAAGUAUCUUGCUAUAUUAGUGAUUAUUUUACAAGAAAGAUUCUCUAUUACAGAUGUUUAGUGUUCCUUUGCAAUAAAGAGAAAAUCAAAAACUGAAAACUACGGUGGAAAAAAUAACAAAUACAAAAGCUUUAAUAUUAGCGUGAAACAAAAAYCGAAUAUGGAAAAUAAUAAUGACUUCUUAGCUUUAAGCCAAGAUCUCAAGAUACAACACAACACUAUUAAAACUACACAACUAUGUAAAUUGUAUUAGACCUAAAAGAGAAGAUUCACAUGCAAAAAUACAGCUUCAUGCACUUAAUUUCAUAUUAAAUAUCACCGGUAACUUA